AUGAAGUUGAGCCUAGUCGUCCUUACUCUCAUCUCAGUUGCAGCCCAAGCGCUCGCUCUGGUCGCUCGCGAGAACUUGCCAAAGCCACAAAAUGAUCCCUUUUAUCAACCUCCAGAUGGCUGGGAGUCAAAGAAGGUCGGGACUAUCUUGCGUUCUCGUAAAGUGAAUAUCAACACGCUCGUGAAGGACAACUUGAAAGAGGCUUGGCAGUUGCUGUACCGCACGACGUACAGGUCAGACGAUGAGCCAACGACAACUGUUACGACAAUUAUGGUUCCUCAUAAUGCUCAGAAUGAUUCUUUGGUUAUGUUUGGUGACUUUGAGGAUGCUGGGGCCCCGCAGUGUGCUCCAAGUUACACUUGGCGCGCUGGUCUGACGUCGGAUGUUAGUUCAAUUUUCAAUGUGGGCAUUGCUAUGUUGUAUUUGCAAGAAGGCUACAUCGUGACGAUGCCUGACAAGGAAGGCAAUAAAGGUGCUUUCGGAUCGGGCCAUGUUGAGGGACGCCAGUCACUAGAUGGUAUUCGUGCUACGCUGGCUUUUGAUAAGAUCGGCCUUAACAAGAAUGCUAGGGUUGUUGGCCAUGGAUACUCUGGCGGCGGUAUUCAAUGUGGCUGGACAGCAGCCCUGAAAAAGUCUUAUGCACCAGAAAUCAACUCGGUUGGUUGGUACACAGGUGGAACACCCUCGAAUCUUACAGCGUUAGUGGAAAGGAUUAACGGUGGACCAUUCGCUGGUUAUGUCGCUGGUGGUUUGGGUGGUGUCAUUUCAACAUACCCAGAUGUGAAGGCUUAUACUGAUAAAGUCUUUACCAAGCAGGCUCAAAAAGACCUGGAGUUUCCUCAGAAGCAUUGCCAGUUUGAGGUUGUGCUACGUUUCCCCUUCAAGAACUUCUACGACAAGAGCUUUAGUACGGUCGGUAAGCGUUUCUUGUACGAGCCCGUGGUUCAAAAGGCCCUCAAUGAGCUCACUAUGGGCACAAACCCUGAAUUCACACCCGACACACCUGUUUUGAUGGCGCAUGGAAUCUCAGACGAAAUUGCCCCUUAUGAGGCGGCUCACAAGACGUAUGAAUCUUGGUGUAAGAAUGGUGCAGAUGUUGAGUUUUUGAGCUUCGUGAACCCUGUAUCUGCUCAUGGUGUUACAACGGUUACAAGCAGUGUCCCUGGCUUCCUUUGGAACCGAGACCGGCUCCAAGGUAAGCCUGUGCAGAAUGGCUGCCGAGAAAUCAAGAACCACGACGCGGGCAUCAAUUCUAAUGCUCUUGGCGAAGACUUCGAGUCUGCUUUGGGUCUUCUUAAGGGCCUCUUGGGAGACAAGAUUGGACCGAAUGACGAGUACUUGAAGGAUGCGCUUCACAAGUGA